GUUGGCAGCCUCGGUGGUUUGUUUUAGACAAUGGAAUAUUGUCAUACUAUGAUUCGCAGGAUGAUGUUUGCAAAGGCAGCAAAGGAAGUAUAAAGAUGGCUGUGUGUGAAAUAAAAGUUCAUGCAACAGACAACACAAGAAUGGAGCUAAUCAUCCCAGGGGAACAGCAUUUCUAUAUGAAAGCAGUUAAUGCAGCCGAAAGGCAAAGGUGGCUGGUAGCUCUGGGGAGUGCAAAAGCCUGUUUAGCAGAUACCAGAACAAAAAAAGAAAAAGAAAUAAGUGAGACCAAUGAAUCUCUUAGAACCAAAAUGUCCGAACUUCGUCUCUACUGUGAUCUUUUAAUGCAGCAAGUUCAUACAAUACAAGAAUUUGUUCACCAUGAUGAGACUCGCUCUCCUCCCAGCAUUGAGAACAUGAAUGAAGCCUCUUCCUUGCUUAGUGCCACAUGUAAUACAUUUAUCACAACACUUGAAGAAUGUGUGAAGAUCGCUAAUGCCAAGUUUAAGCCAGAAAUGUUCCAGCUGCCUCACCCUGAUCCCUUAGUUUCUCCUGUGUCACCAUCACCUGUCCAAAUGAUGAAGCGUUCCAUUAGCCACCCUGGUCCUUGCUAUUCAGAAAGGAAUAAUCACUCUGUAAAAGAACCAAUUUCAUCCCUUCACCGAUUUUCACAGCGGCGCAGAAGAACGUACUCGGAUACAGAAUCUUACAGUGAUACUCCCUUUGAAGAUUCUCAGAGAUCUGCUCACUGUUCUAGAAGUGCUGUCAAUGGAGAUCUGGUAUCAUCAACCAUUCCUGAAGAAAAUAGAUCAGUAUCAAAGGAAAGAUCUGAACUGGAAGAGACUCUUUCAUCCUUUUCUUCUUGAAGAAACUGAAAGUAUUCAAUUUUCUAUAAAUAAUGCUAUGCAAACGCUGCUGUAAUUAUACUGUUGUUAUAGGAAGUAGUCAUUUCCCUUUUUAGAAGGAUUUCUCUGCACUUUAUAGAAUAACUUAAAAACUAUCUUUGAAGUGUAUUUUAUCUUUAUAUAGUUUAUUUGCAAGAGUAUUUUCCUAAUAUUUCACAGUUUGAAUGUGCAUUUUUUGGAACAAAUGAUGGCUUAACAGAUAAGCAUCCACAUUUGUAAAUGUAGCUCUUUUUUAAAAGUGUGAAGAUCUGACUGAUACAUUAGUAAACCUGCAGGUUAUAAACUUCAGCAAAAAGGUUUCAUU